GAACACCACGAGCUAGUGCGUCUACUUCACAGGCCAGGCCAUCAACUCAACUGCCAAGGGGUCCGUUGUACCAGCUGGGUCAUGGAUCUCUCCCACCUGAAAUCUGACUCCACCCACCAAAAGUCUGAGCCUGCAGGCCUAGAUUUCGACUCUGCUGGCCAAGAUUAUUUCUCUGCAGCCCAAGAAUUUGACUCUUUCUACCAAGAAUUGAACCUGGACUCUCUUAAUGAAGAUCUUCUUUCCCAGUCCAUGCCACAUGCCAGGACAGAGACCUCUGUGGGCACAUAUGAAUCCCACUCAACUUCUGAACUGGAGGAUCUGACAGAGCCUGAGCAAAGAGAACUCAAAGCCAAACUCACUAAAUUGGAGGCUGAAAUUGUAACCCUCCGCCAUGUACUAGCAGCCACAGACAGACGCUGUGGGGAGCUCAAGAGGAAGUUAGGCUUCACGGCCUUGGUAGGGUUGAGACAGAAUCUAUCCAAGAGCUGGCUUGAUGUUCAGGUCUCCAACACCUAUGUGGAACAGAAGACCUCAGCUGCUCUGUCCACCAUGGGCACUGCCCUCUGCAGGAAGCUUGGAGGGAUAAAGAAGUCGGCCACAUUCAGAUCUUUUGAAGGAUAGAUCUUCAAUAAACACAUGUUAAAUCAAGGAAGGAAUUAACAUCAUAUACUUCAGACAUCAAAUCUUGAAUCUAAGAGAUUAUCAACAACAUGAACUUGUUAACAAGUUCCUUUUGCUUUUAAACAAAAAUAUCUUGUUUAUUCAAAGCCUAUCUGAGACCCUACUAUGUAUCAAGAGCUGUCCCAGGUUCUCAAGGCAUAGAAGUAAAUUAGACAUUGUAUGUGCUCUCUAGAAACACUCAGACUUUAAAAUCAUUAUAAUUCAGUGAGUGCUAAAAUAGAGCUGUGUGCCAGAAGUCUUGAGGAAGGGGUGUUCAACUCUGUCUUGGUAGGUCAGUAAAGCCUUUAGAGAGACAGAAAGUCUUAGAGGACUAGGAGAAGUUUGCAGACAGACAAGAAUAGAACAUUCCAGACAACAUCCAGAGGAACUGAGUCACAAAGGAAUGUAUAAGAAUGGCAUAUUCUAGGAACUAACAGUACAUCACUGCGGCUAGAGAGGAAGGGGAAAUGGUGUUACAUGAGUGAAGGAGGAGAAAUGGUGUUACAUGAUUAAGAAAAAAUAAGCAGGGGGCAAAAUCAUAAGUAGUCUUACAUACUACCUUAGAUAUUAAUAUUUAAGCCUGUAGGAAACGGGAGGCAUUGAAGCACUUAAGUAAAAAAGUAACUAUCAAAUUUUUGUUUUAGAUUACUCUGGUCAUCAGAGAAAUAGAUUAAGUAUUAAAGAGGUAGAAUCUCUCAGACUUAGGAACCAACUGCAUAAGGUCAGGGGAGGGGGAUAAAUUUGCAAGAUAAUAAGGAUGUAGAAUUGAAAAGACCUGAUAUUAUUGAAACUGGAGUUGCACAUUCAUUUUGCUUUGGCUUUUUUGUAUCAGUGGUCAUGGGCACCAAAUAAAAUGCUUCCAUGAACAUUUGGA